AUGAAUCGUACUGACGGUUUAGUUCAAAGACGAAGAGUAGUUAAUAGUGGUAAUACUAUAGGUCAGGAUGGAAAUUCUGAUCCUAAUGGAGUUUACAAUGAUCAGUCAUCUGGCCACGCACCUGACGUCGAGGGUAAUUCAUUGAAAGAUUUUAAUUCCAACCCAACUGUCGAUGAAGAUUCAGACAAAGAGACCAGAUUAACGUUAAUGGAAGAAGUUCUGUUGCUUGGAUUGAAGGAUAAAGAGGGUUAUACUUCAUUUUGGAAUGACUGUAUAAGUUCUGGACUGAGAGGUUGCAUAUUAGCAGAAUUAGGUCUCCGCGGCAGAGUCGAAUUGGAAAAAGCUGGAAUGCGAAAACGUGGUUUGUUAGCUAGAAAAUUAUUAGUCAAAAAUGAUGCUCCUACUGGAGAUGUACUAUUGGAUGAAGCUUUGAAACAUCUGAAAGAAUAUGAACCACCGGAACCAGUUCAAAGUUGGAUUGAAUACUUGAGCGGAGAAACAUGGAAUCCCUUAAAACUGAGGUAUCAAUUAAAAAAUGUUAGAGAACGAUUGGCUAAAAACUUAGUUGAAAAGGGUGUUCUCACUACAGAGAAACAAAAUUUUUUAUUAUUUGAUAUGACCACACACCCAUUGACUGACAAUUUAGCUAAAACUCGACUUGUUAAAAAGAUACAAGAAGCUGUUUUAUGUCGUUGGGUGAAUGAUGCCAGUCGUAUGGAUAGAAGAAUUCUCGCACUUGUUUUCCUAGCGCACGCUGCAGAUGUAUUAGAAAAUGCAUUUGCACCUCUAUCAGAUGAUGAUUAUGAAGUAGCUAUGCGUCGUGUUAGAACAUUAUUAGAACUUGAUUUUGAAGCAGAAGCCAAUAAACCCAAUGCAAAUCAAGUUUUAUGGGCAGUAUUUGCUGCAUUUACAAAGUAA